GAGGGCUCUUCUUACCGUUUCCUCAAAGGCUCUCCAUUCCAUUGCAAACAGAAGCGGCGCUAGGCUCUCGGAAGACUCUUUCAGGGUUUCGAAGACUGAAGGAUGGCAGAUGUGAAGGAGGAUGAGGACUAUGAGGUAGUAUUCUUUAGGCGCACUGAAAAAGAAGAAGAAGAAGAAGAAAAACAAGAAUCCUUCGAGAGUUACCAAUACCGCCUCCAGAGUAAAAGACACAGGAACAUGAUGGAAUCACUUUCUUUCAAAAACCUUUCCAGGGAAGAAGACGAAGACGAAGAAACAAACCCAAGCCCAAGCAAGAGUGCCAAGACCCUAGCACCAACCUCUCCCCUGAACAACCUUCCAUCCUUUGUAAACAUGGAAUGCUUACCAGUGGGUGUACCAUAUUUUCGUAGAAUUGAAAUCGUAGGUACCAAAGAGGAACCCACAGGUACCAGAGAGAUACCUGACUUAUGGUUCCCAGCGAGUGUGCAGAUUGGUGAGAAAAACCUAAAUCGAUUUUCUAGCUAUGCACAGACGGUGAUAAAGCGCUACAACAAAGUGAAGAAAACAGAUUUUGAGUUUGUGAGAUUGGUGAAGAUGAGGUGGACAUUGGGUCAUUAUUAUCUUCGCUUCAAGGCCAAGUCCAGCGGUGCAGGACCAGUUGCCACCUUGAAAACCUUUGAAGGAGAUGUGCGCUGUAAUUUGUGCCUAGUAAAUGAAGAAGAUGGGAGGCCCUUGAGUUGUCGUCUAAUAGGCCGCAAAUUUGACGAUUAUUUCUAUGUAAGACCACCACCUUGGUACCACUAAACAAUACACGCAUGAUACGUACCUCCCCAACUCCAAGCAAAUGUAUGUGAACAUGGUCGCAGGGGCCUUGUCCUUACUUAUGCUCUGCUUUAUGGGUUUCUUGUUGGUUUUGGGAACAAAUUGCUGCUUUCUUAAUUUGUUGGUUUGAAUGACCUGCGACUAACAUUUGCUAUCUUAUAAAAAAAUAAAUUUGUAUCCUUAUUUUACACA